UUUUUUCAUACUCUUAUGUCCAAGUCAGUCUUUCUUUCAGAUUUCCACUGCGAUACCCGUAACCACUCAAAAAGCAGCAAUCCUUACCAGAAAAUCCAUGGAAGUUCUUCCCUCCCAUAAGCUUCUUUUCCGACUCUGUCUUCUCGUACCUCUGCAUAUCACCUCACUUCUGUUUCUCUCUUCAGCUUACUCUCCUCCUGAUAAUUACUUCAUCAACUGUGGAGCACAAUCCAACACCAGCGUCGAUACCCGAGUCUUCGUUGGCGACCGGGGUUUCAUAGUCGGAAAGGGAGAAACUGUCAAAAACAGCAACUCAUCAGCAAGCAGUUCACCUCUCUAUCAAACGGCAAAAGUUUUCAAACACCUGUCUUUAUAUAAGUUUGACAUCAACCAGGAUGGCACAUACAUUGUACGCCUCCAUUUCUUUGCUUUCUUGUCACAUACUGAUCUGUCUGUUGCUCGGUUCAAUGUUUCUGUUUCUGGGCUUUCAUUUUUGACGAACUAUAGCUUCCGAAACGUUACUAGUUCUCCGAAGAUUGAGGAAUUCUUGCUCCCCAUCCCAAAAGGUGAAUUUAAAAUCUACUUCAUACCCUACGAGCCAUCUUCGGCUUUUGUGAAUGCCAUAGAAGUCUUUCUUGGCCCCGAGAGCAUCAUCCCUGAUAAGGCUCCUCACAUUACUUCUCAAGGAGCUAAGAGUAACUACACUGGUCUGAGCUCUAAGGUUCUGCAUAAAAUCCAUAGGAUCGACGUUGGAGGUUCUACAUCCAAGCUCGAUGAGUUAUGGAGGAAUUGGGAUUCAGAUGAUAAAUACUUAUACCCAAAAGAUGCCACGUAUCAGUUCAAAGGCGAAACGCCUAAUAACCAGUCCGAAAGGAUCCCCAAGUAUAUUGCCCCAGCUUUUGUGUAUCAGACGUUGAGACGAUUGAAUAUAGAUGGUAGCAGCAACUCCAGUUUACUAAAGGUAACUUGGAGUUUUCCUGUCAAUAAGAAUUCUAACAACUUUCUUCGGGUCCAUUUCUCCGACAUAAUAAGUGUAACACCUAAUGACUGGUGGUUCAAUCUCUAUAUCAAUAGAAAUUUCAGUAAGGAGAUGAGUCCUUACGGUAUAACUGGGACGAUCGGCAUUGUUCCAUUUUACAUCGAUUUUGUGGUUGAUUCGGAUGGUUUGGGAUUUGUGAAUGCUAGUAUCGGCCCAGUGGAGGGCUCUCGGAUAUAUAAUGCCCUUUUGACUGGGUUGGAGAUUAUGGAGGUAGUGAAGGAGUCGGGUUUCAUUCCUCCUAGGGAAAUUGAAGAAGCGAAAAAGAAACAUUCCCCUGCUAUUAUAAUUGGUCCUGCAUGUUUUGGGGCGUUUUUCAUUUUGGUAAUAUUGGUGGCGUUGGGUUUGAAAUUCAGGAAACCAGGGCAUGAUCAGAUUUUGGGAGUGCCUCUUUAUGGAGGAUUUAGUUCGAAAAGCAGGUUGACUCAAAGAGGUCCUAAUGCUUCCCUUGCUGAUCCUAGUCUAAACCUUAGUUUAAGGGUACCUUUUUCUGAAAUACUGCGUGCAACGAAAAACUUCAAUGCAAAAUUAUUAAUUGGUGAGGGUGGAUUUGGGAAAGUCUACAAAGGAACUCUUAAAAAUGGCACCAAAGUGGCUGUGAAACGAAGUGAUCCACGACAUGGGCAGGGUUGGGAGGAAUUCCAAACGGAGAUCAUGGUGUUGUCUCAGAUUCGUCAUCGCCAUCUUGUUUCUCUAAUUGGAUAUUGCGAUGAACGGCGUGAGAUGAUACUGGUUUAUGAAUUUAUGGAAAAUGGGACUCUCAGAGAUCACCUCUAUCAUUCAAAUAACAACUCUGAGAAAUCAACUUCAGGGUCUAAAUUGUCUUGGAAGCAAAGACUAGAAAUAUGCAUUGGUGCGGCAAAGGGCCUGCACUAUCUACACACUGGUGCGGCUGGAGGAAUCAUUCACCUUGAUGUUAAGUCAUCAAACAUUCUUCUCGAUGAACGUUAUGUGGCUAAAGUUACUGACUUCGGCCUUUCGAAAUCCGGCCUCGAUUUGGACAACUUCAGCAUGGGUGUAAAGGGUACCUUUGGUUAUCUUGAUCCAGAAUACCUUAGAACCCUACAGUUGACAAAGAAAUCUGAUGUAUACUCCUUUGGAGUUGUACUUCUUGAAGUUCUCUGUUCUAGACCGGCUAUUAUACAGUCAUCUCAGUAUGAUGAGGUGAGCUUAGUAGACUUGGCGAUGCUGUGGCAAAGGAAAGGCCAACUCGAGAAGAUUAUCGAUCCGGUGCUUGUUGGUAACAUUAAUCAAAAUUCAUUGAAAAUAUUUGGUGAUACUGCAGAGAAGUGUUUGAAGGCAUUUAGUACUGAGAGGCCGACUAUGCAGGAUGUGUUAUUUUACUUAAAUUAUGCACUACAGCUUCAAGAAACUGGGAUGCCCAGAGAGUCAUUCGAGGACAGCGCGACGAUUACCACUUCAUUAGAGUUGCAGUUUCCAAUUAUUUUGAAUUUUUCUGUUCAGGAAGAUGAUGAUGCACCCAUUGGAGGGGAUGAUAGUUCUAAUAUGGAGGUUAGUGAAGUCUAGGGCUUGUUUGAGGAGUGAGAUGAGAUGAAAAUGUUGUAAAUAAUAGUAAAAUAGUUUGUGAAUAGUAGUGAGAUAGUUUGAGUUGAGUAUUUUUUAGAUUUUGGAAAGGGAGAGAAAAAAUUUGAAUAAAAAAUAUUAUAAAGUUAAAAUAUUGUAAUAAUAUAGUUUUAUAAUACUAUUUUUAUUUGGAGAUUUGAAAAAGUUGGAAAUGUUUUUUAUUUUUUAUUUGAAAGUUUGAAAAAGUUGUAAUGAUUAAUUUGAAAAAGUUGUAAUGAUUAGUUUGAAAAUUUUGUAUUUGAAUUAUGUUUGAGAAUAAGAUGGAAUGAGAUGAAAUGAGAUCAAAUAAGAAUUUUGUGUCUCAUCUAAGAC